GUGCCGGCGAUAAACGCGCGCAAACGUGCGCGUUUCGUUUACACACCGAAACAUUUCGCUGAAGCUCGGGACGCCGGAUUUUCAUUUGGACACGAAUGCUCAAGCAUGAACGCUUCGUUGUUGAACGUCAGUGGGCGAAUGCUUCAGUGGUGACGUCGGUGGCCGCAAGCUAUUAACGCUUAACGACUGAAGUUGAUAAGCGCGGGAUUUACGAUGAGCGAGUUAACGAGCGUUCCCGUCGUGGACGUUACGAAAGACAACAUCGCCGACAUAUGGCCUUCCUUAGUUCUCGCCGUGAAGACAUCGCUCUUUGUAGCUAUAGAUCUGGAACUUAGUGGCAUUGGAAAGAGAAAAGAUAUCAAUGCCAAGUCCGUGGAAGAUCGGUACAUUGCAAUGUCCCGCGUAGCUGACACGAGAGCCAUCAUAUCCAUGGGACUUUCGUGUUUUCGCCAAGAUGCCAGGUCGGCGGAAACUGGCCCACUUAGAUUCACCGUUCAGACAUUCAACAUACUUAUCCUCUGUCAAGAUAAUUACAUCGUGGAGCCCGCGUCGUUGCAGUUUCUCAUCAGUCAUGGCUUUGACUUCAACCGACAAUACUCCCUCGGCGUUUCCUACUACCGAGGCAAUGAUCGACCCAACCAUCCAGAGGACAACGCGCAUUCCCUCCGCAAGCUGUUCUCAAUGCUGGUCGUGCAUCAGAAGCCCAUUGUCCUCCACAAUGGUUUCAUGGACGCGGUGUUCCUGUACCAUAGCUUGUACCUGGCAUUACCUCCGUCUUUGCAGACAUUCUUAGCCGACCUGAACGACUUGUUCCCCGGUCGUGUGUACGACACAAAGUAUAUUGCAGAAGCCAAGGCUUCUCUGCCAGCGUCGUACCUGGAGUACGUCUUCCGCAAUAGGCAAAGAGAUAAUGCUUGCAAGGAGGCAAAGGGCCGACAGUUCGUCAGCAUCCAGUUUCUUCAGUACAACCAGGAAUACUCAAUUGAUCACGGGGAUUGUGCACUGAGGCAGGAGCCGGCGAAGAUGUCUGCAGACAUCUGCAAAAAUUUCGCUAGGUAUGGUUGGUGCGGCAAGGGCGACCAAUGCUGUGCCUCACACAACGUUGACGACAUCCUCGAUGCUCAAGCCUCCAAACGCCGCAGACGUAACCGAGUUAAAGGGUCGUCGCCCCGGGACCCCACCAAUGCUUCCGACUCUGAGCACUCGACCAUGGACCUGACUGCCAUGGAAGAGGACGAGGCAGACAUAGACUCUCCUGAAGAAGUCUCAAACAGAGAGCGCAAAUUCACAACAGGGCUACACAGGGCGGGCUUUGACGCAUUUAUGACUGGAUACGCCUUCGCGACGUUUGUGCUGUCAUACGCAAAGCAUCGUCCCUCAGGCAAUCUUGACGCAGAAGAGUUGGGCCUCAACGAGCUAGUCAACAGGCUGUGUCUCAGUGGGAAGACAGUACCCUUGCUCAUAAGAGAAUCGAACUUUACCAAGCACAGUGCUAAACAUGUCGAAAAGUUUAAGGCUCUCUUUGGUGAUAAGUAGUUACUUCUGUGUUGUUAAUUUGUUUUUGGUUUCCUUUUCUGUACAUAUCAUAAUCUUCACCAAAAGUGAAAUUGCUACCGAUGCAGCCAGGUAUGCCAAAACACUACCAGUAAUACAGAUUCUUUGCAUGGCUGUUUAUUGAAAUGAUCAACACUACAGGCACCUGUUCAUUGAUGUAUACACAAGGCUGGAUAUUGAUAGGGCUGUCAGUCCUUUGUUGAGCACGUUGCUCUUUUGAAAGCUUGCUGUUUGGUUACUCCUUUCGCAUGUAUCAUUGUUAAAAACACACUGGUGAAACAGAUGUGCAGCUUCCGUUAGUUUGCUAAACAGCACAUCGUCCGCAAUGCCACAUUUUAUAAGUAAAGCAGUCUGUGGUGCAGUUCUAAAUUUCCACCCCUUCAGCUGCUUCAUUGCAAUACAGACUGAUUAAUGCCAAGGCUAAAGGAAUGCCAUCCAUCACUAACAAACUUCAUCUGCAAAUUUGUUAAAUAUGUUCAAAGAAAUGCUUGGACCUAGAUACACAGCCAGAGGGAGUGUAAUGCAACUUGACAUUUUGGAGGAUCAAGCAAAGAGCACUUAGUUGGAAGCUAAGCAUCUUCCUUGAAGCUCCUAUAAAAGCAGCCUCGUAUGCUUUCCGUACUGUGUAAAACAAGUUCUGCGAGCACAGGUCCAUGAGAAAACGGCACACAUGCCAGGGUCAUGCUCCCAACAUAAACAUUCACACAAGCAGGUGAUUAUAGAGGGGAAUUAGGAGACUAAUUAAACAGCUUUCAAGAAACCUCAUCACCUUUGUUUGCAGAGAAUGGCAAGAUGGGGAACCACCUCUCUGAGAAGUAACAGAAGGCAUGGUUCAUCUGUCACUUACCACCAUUACCCCUUGUACAUAGGGAACUGAUGAAAGGACCCAAAUUGUGUUCAUCCAUUCACAUUGUUUUCGCUCAAGAGGAAACGUACUGCUGCACUUAAUCAUCCAAAACAAUAGCCACUCUGGUAGUAUUAGCAAGCAAUGUUUGAACUUGCAUGUACAUGCAAUAGUUCCUUAAUCACUAGGUGUUCCCUUUCAUGUUAGGCCGCCCUGCAUUUCAAGUGCCCGUCUGCCAUCCUGGCAGUACCACAAUGUUUGAAUGUAAAGACAGUAACAUGGAUCACAAGCAUGCAAGUAAUCAUUAGCGAAGGCACUUAGCUAAUACACCUACAUAGAUUCGCUUAAUUCAUGGCUUGCAAUUGAUUACAGCUGCUUUGGACUCGUAAUUUACGGCUUAGUACGUUGUUGCCACCUAUAGCCUACAAGUUCACAGCUUUACUUACUGGCAGAGAUACUGUGCCACUUUAUGCUAGUGAUGGCAGCUUAUGUGCUCAGACAGCAGGAAGGUGAAUCAUUGGUCUUGAUGCUUGUUAAACCCACUCGCUUCUACAGCCAGCCAGAUUCACCAGCUGCUCAAUUAAUGGCCGUUUCUGGCUAUUUUUCAUAGAUGGCAGCACAUUGCAGGCUAUGUUCUAGUAUGGGUAUCGCACACUAGAUGUGGCCACAUUUGUCUACUUUCAGCAGGAGUGGUUUGUAGAACAAUGGCAAGAUUCCUGCUCAUCAAACUCUGCUGUGUUGCAGACAGACUAACAGGCUUGAAAAACAAAAGCGUACAGGCUUCAGAGAGGGCUCACUUUUUUCAGUACAUACUGGUGAGAACUGUAAAGCAGAACGAUUCGAUGCUGUGCUUAGUUUUCGUGGGCCAAGUUCAAAAGCCCAAAGGGUGUUCAGAGUGCAAAAAAAACCCUAAAGUGAAUUCCACAUUCCUGCUGGUUUUAAACUUUUAUUACGCUCACUUUCUAGUUUUUUACUGCAUCUGACGCGGAAGCCUUUUCAGAACAUAAAUCAGACAUUCGGCAAGUGCAAUGCCUGUCGCAGAUUUUAGAGCAAUUUUCUUACGUGGAACACCAGGAACAGCCGAGUGCCAACUGGGCAGAAGCGAAGGGGUUAAACCUAGCUAGCAUCACGUUACACAGCUGAAGGUCUUGCUUAACACUGCAAAGAUUUCCACUUAGCUACGUGGCAUUUAUGUUUGGCAGUACAACUUUUAAGUAGUAUGUAUGUGUACAUUUUGAACGAUUUUGCACAAAAAUUACACAUGCUAUAGCUUGAAGGUAAUAGUGCUAAGGACAGGACAGUGACAAGAACAAAGACGGCGCUGUUUCGACAUGCAAUAAAAAUUGUUUGUUAGUCA